AGGAUGGAACAAUAAAAGAGUUGGUCACCUAAACAAGAAUUUAGCAGUAUGCUCAUCUCACUCAACAUAACAUAAAUAUAAUGUAGCAGGUAUAAUUAGGCACAUAAUUCCUUACUAAUUGAUUAUGUUAUUGACCAUUAAGAUGCUUGAUCUCUUACAAGUUCUUUCCAUCAUCAGUUUCUUGGUUCUUCUGAAGAGUGAUGCUCAGGUAAUGCUUGAAGUUCCUUCAUUGAUGAAAUGCAAAUUUGACAAAAUAUAUCAGUUGGGUGACUCACUUUCUGAUACUGGAAACUUCAUCAGAGAGAGCUUCCUUGGAGCUUUCUCCCCAUUUGCAAAACUUCCUUAUGGUCAACACUUUCCUCAAAAUAAAUCAACUGGACGAUGUUCUGAUGGUUUGCUCAUGAUCGAUUUCAUAGCACUGGGAUGUGGUCUUCCUCUGCUAAAUCCCUACAAGGAUCAAAAUGGAAAUUUUACACAUGGAGCAAAUUUUGCAGUAGCUGGAGCUACUGCUUUACCAGCUGAAAUCCUGAUAGAUAAGAAGAUUAAUUCUAAUUCACUGAUUACCAAUAGUUCAUUAAAUGUGCAACUUGAUUGGAUGUUUACUCAUUUCAAAUCCACUUGCUCUACUGAUUGCUCGAAAUACCUAAAGAAUGCACUUUUCCUGGUUGGAGAAAUAGGAGGAAAUGAGUUUAAUUAUGGUUUAUUGCAAGGUAAAACAUUGGAGGAGUUGAGAGCUAUGGUUCCUGAAGUUGUUCAGAUCAUUAUCAAUGCUGUUAAAACAGUCAUUGGUUUUGGGGCUGUCCGAAUUGUUAUUCCUGGAAAUUUUCCAAUUGGUUGUAUACCGAAUUUGCUGACAAUAUUUUUUACCAAUAAUUCAACUGCGUAUGAUGAAUACCAUUGCUUGAAAGAUUUAAAUAACUUGGCUUUAUUCUACAAUCAUCAUUUGCAAAAAGCCAUUCAAGAAUUGGAGAAAGAGUAUCCAAACAUUACACUCAUUUAUGGUGACUACUACAAUGCUUAUCUAUGGCUUCUGCAAAAUGCCACAAGUCUAGGAUUUGACAAAUACUGUCUAUGGAAAGCAUGUUGCGGAAUAGGAGGAGCAUAUAAUUAUGAUAAAAGUAGAAUAUGUGGAGCUCCAGGAGUUCCAAUAUGUAGUAACCCUGCUACUUACAUAAAUUGGGAUGGAGUUCAUUUGACACAAGCAGCAUAUAAAUUGUUGGCAAUAUGGCUAAUCGAUGACAUGUUACCUAAACUAAAAUGCCCACUUUAGGAUUAUUUUUUUCUACUUUGCAAAGUUCAAUGUAUGGAGCGACCAAUGACUCUUCAUUUUUCGUGGAAAAGAAUGUACACUUUGUUUUAUUUUACUCUA